AUGAACGCGUUCGAGAAGCUGUCUAUCUCAGAAAUAGCCCAGAGAAUAGUUGAUCUGCAGGAGACAAACAAAGAAAACAGCAAAGCGCAGACAGAGCCCAUAAAGAACCACCUGCUGGAAAGACACAACAACUACAACGUUCUUAGGAAAGACGUGGAGGAGGUGGUAGAAAGCAUCACCGCGCUGGUUGACCAGUACAACUCCGAACAGAAGGGAGAAAGAGAAAAAGUCAUUAAAAAAAUAGUGUUCCAGAAGAUCGAGCUGGUGAUCGAGUCAAUUCUUCACCAAGAGACAAGAAUGGGCAAUGGGCUGAUAAAAAACAAAAGAGAAUACAUCGAAGUGUCGAAGAAAUGUGUAGAGGAAAUAAUCGAGCUAUCAGGCAAGGUGCUCGCAAUAGCAAUAACAUCGCACAUAUUCUAUCCGUUUGUGCUAAAACUGGUGAAACUGCUCCGCUUAAUAUCACUCGCAAUGGACUGCUUCAUUCCCAUCGCAUACUACCCUCUCUACAUGAUGAGCCAGAUGGCCAAAAUAGCAUCUUCUCCUGUUCCUCUGCAGGCUGUCUCUGAUAAUAUGAUAAAAGUAACGGAAAAGUACGUUAACAGCAAAAUAUACAGUGAGUACAUAAUGAUCAACUCUCUCGACAUAAUAUCACACCUCCUGGUGCAGCACUCCAGAAGCAUGGCUUUUCCUGAGUACUCAGCGUACAUCAUAGCUGAGCUGAAGAGAAUAAGGAACGCGCCAAAUAAAAGCAGCUCCUGGAUAAACAGCAAGACAGAAGCUAUAUUCAAGGGGGCAAGAGAACACACAGAGAAGAUAGAGAGAAUAAGAGAAGGCAUCAGCGCACUGAACGUAGAGACCGUAAGAAGACUGGAGGAAAGAAUACCAGAGUUCAAGCUAAACAUAGAAUAG